GCAACUAGCUUCACGCUGCACCAGCUCGCCUACCACCCGGCGGCGCAGCAGAAGGUGCAUGAGGAGAUAGAUGCGGUACUCAGUAAAUACAACAACAAGCUGUGUUACGAUGCAGUGAAGGAGAUGACGUACCUCGAGUGGACUUUCAAGGAAGCCAUGAGAAUGUUUCCUUCCCUCGGUUUUUUAAUAAGAGAAUGCGCAAAAAAAUUCACAUUUCCCGAAAUCGAUUUGACCAUCGAUGAAGGAGUCGUGGUUAUGAUUCCCGUUCAGGCGCUGCACAAUGAUCCUAAAUAUUUUCAAAAUCCGGACGAAUUUAGACCAGAAAGAUUUAGUCCGGAGGAGUUUCAAUCUGUAGAAAAAUUCGUGUACCUGCCGUUUGGCGCAGGACCGCGAGCUUGUAUCGGCGAGCGGCUGGGGCAGAUGCAGUCGCUGGCGGGGCUGGCGGGCGUGCUGGCGCGCUGCGAGGUUGCGCCGGGUCCGAGCACACUCCGCGUGCCGCGCGUGCACCCCGCCUCCGACAUCGUGCAGUGCAUUCGCGGCGGCCUGCCUCUGCGCUUCAUACCGCGAACACCAAAACCUUAGUAGCUUCAUAUAGAGUAGGUGAUUGUUAUUUGUUUACAAAUGUGCUGUGAUAAGUGUAUUAUUUAGUUUUUCUAUUCAAGAAGUUUGAGUUUAAAUACAUAUAAUGUUAUAACGACCCAAUACAUAACGUAUGUUUAACGAGAGACAUUCAUACAUAUGUAUGUGUGUAUACAUGUGGGUACAAUAAGAUAUCUGUAAAACGCGACGCGACGUGCCCAGCACGAGGCGGGCGUCGUCAUCGAGUCGUCGCCGGUGACCAGCGAAGACGCAGGAACGUCUUGCAAACAUUGCAACAAGCGUUCACUUAAUUUUACUUUAUUAUUACCUUACUAGCAUGUGAUACUUUUAUUAGAGAAUUUUUAUCAAUAUUUUUUUGUGAAGCUAUCGACAUAGAAAUGCUAUGUAAUAUAUCUUAAGAAAUAACAUUGACGUUGCCUUUAUUAGUAUUUCGUGAUGGUAAUUUAAUUGUCGCACAUAACUUUUGGUAGCAAUUACUUUUAUCUAGUAUUUUAUCAAUAUCAAUAGCGAAAGACAUUUCAUUUUAAUGACGUUAUGAUGUGCCUCGGAGCAAUAAUUUUUUUAUUGAAUUGUUUUACGUGUUUCACUUUAAUGUUAUGUAUAAAGAUAGAAAUGAAUAAAAAAUAAAGCUUAUAACAA